CUCUCGAUCAGUGCAGUGCGCGUCCGCUGAACUGCGUCUCACCAUCCACAUUCUGUGCCCCAACUUUUAUCCCAUCGUAUACAAAGAGAAAAUAUGCUCAAGGCUUGUUGUCUCUUCCUCCUGGCCAUUGCAGCCACGGUGAAUGCAGUGGCGAUUGGUGUUGCAGCUCCUGCUGCCGUCUUGAAGACGGAGGAAUACGAUGCUCAUCCGCAAUAUUCCUUCUCUUAUGAUGUGAAAGAUGCCAUUACGGGUGACAACAAAAAUCAACAUGAGACACGCGACGGAGACGUAGUCCAGGGACAAUAUUCACUUAUUGAGCCAGACGGUACUCGCAGAACUGUGGAUUAUACGGCUGAUCCUGUGAAUGGUUUCAAUGCAGUUGUAACUAAAACCGCUGGGGAGCAUGUUGUGAAAGCUGUGGCACCUGCUGUUGCCGUUGCUCACGCACCCGUUGCCGUUGCCCAUGCUCCUGUUGCUGUAGCCCACGCACCCGUUGCUGUGGCUCAUGCUCCCCUAGCUGUGGCUCAUGCACCCGUUGCCUAUGCCCAUCAUGCACCUGCAAUUGUAGCUCACACCGCUCCUGCCUACUACUCCCAACCUGCUGCAGUAGUCCAUCAUGCACCGAGCCUUUUAGCACAUCAUGUAGCAGCACCUGUUGUGGCUCAUCACGCACCUGCUCUUUACUCGCACGCCCCCAUCUACUCAUCGGCCUACCUUCAUCGUUAAACUACUUUUCCGCCGCAAGAGAGACUCAUCGCACUCUGGCUGGAUUCCUUCCUCACGAACCACCACACACUUAUUCUUGUACAAAUCUUUCCGCAGCUUCUGAAUUUGUUUGACAAGCUACUGAUAUACAUGUGCGACCUCUUACUUUGUACAUAAAACAUAUUGCAAAUAAAGUGUUUCAAUUUU